CACAACAAAUAUGGUGCCUCUCAGAGGUGACUUUUGACAUAUCGACCGAGAAAGAUUACCCUAAAACAGCCGAAAUGGUCGAAAGUGCGUCUCAAGAUUCGAAAUCUCAGCGGCAUGAGCUGCUGUUACAAGAAAUUGAGGGCAUAGACGAAUAUUGGGGGCCCACUUUCAGGGCAAUAUAUGAUGGAGAUGAGCAUCAGAAGUUCAUGGAAUGUCUUAACGCUCGCAUCAAAAGCCAUGACAAAGAUAUUGAACGUAUGUGCAAUUUUCACUAUCAAGGUUUCAUCGAUUCAAUUAGAGAGUUGCUCCAAGUACGAACACAAGCCCAAAAGUUGAACGGUGAGGUUGUUCACCUGGAUGAGGAGCUGCAGAAGUCGGCGACCCGGGUUAUAUCAAAAGGGGAAGAGUUAGUUCAAGCGAGACGUGUUGAGAGCAAUAUUGCUUCUGCAAUUGAUAGUUUAACCAUUUGCCUUCCAGUGCUCUCUACCUAUGCUAAACUUCAGCGGCAGAUGGUUGAUAAGAGGUACUACCCAGCACUUAAGACCCUGGAGCAACUAGAACAUUUGUAUCUGCCAAGAGUUGCAAAUUAUCAAUUUGCACAGCAAAUGAGGGACAGCAUUCCUAAGUUGCGAGAAAACAUUAAAGAUGCAUCAAUGUCAGAUCUGAAAGACUUUUUGGAAAACAUCAGGAAAUUUUCUCCUAAAAUAGGAGAGGUAGCCAUGAGACAUACGGCAGAACAAAUGGGAGGGGAUCCAGGUAUUAUUGGUGGUAAAAAGAAACGAAGUGCUCCACCACCACCAAAUCCCUUCACAGGCAAAGUUGAAAUUGAUGAAGAGGAUGAUGAUGAGGAGGAAGACCUUUGUGCACAGGAUCUCAUUGACUUCUCACCAGUAUACAGAUGCUUGCAUAUAUUUUCUGUUCUGGGGUCCAGGGACACUUUUGAAACAUAUUACCGACAGCAGAGGAAACAGCAAGCUCGAUUGGUCCUGCAACCUCCUACUAAUAUGCAUGAGUCACUUGAGGGUUACCGUACUUACAUCCAUGGCAUUGUGGGCUUCUUGGUAACAGAGGACCAUCUUCUGAAUACUGGAAAUGGCCUUGUGAGCCGCUCUUACCUUGAUGAGCUGUGGGGCAUGGCCUUGAGCAAAAUUGUGAAUGCUCUUCGAACUCAUUCUGCCUACUGUACUGAUGCCACUCUAAUGUUGAAAAUCAAAAACCUGAUAAUGUUGUUCCUCACCACAUUACAGAACUAUGGCUACCCUGUCAACCAGCUUUUAGAACUGUUGACAGAAAUUCGUGAUCAUUACAAUGAGGUACUGAUGCAAAGAUGGGUUCAAGUUUUCCGAGAAAUGUUGGAUGAAGAGUGCUUCCUUCCCCUAGAGGUGGAAACCCAAGAAGAGUAUGAUAGUGUUUUAAGUUCAUUUCCCUUUCAUGAUGAAGCACUGGAAGUUGCCCCCUUCCCAAAAGUACUUCCAUUUUCUUCCAUGGUCCCAAAAGUUUAUCAGCAAGUAAAAGAAUUUAUAUAUGCUUGUCUGAAGUUUUCUGAGGAUCUUCAUCUCAGUCAAGGGGAAGUUGAUGAUAUGAUUAGGAAGUCUACCAAUUUGCUCCUCACUAGAACUUUCUCGGGGUGUCUAACAUCUAUUUUCCGGAAGCCAAGUCUUGCUCUUUUGCAAGUUGUUCAAAUAAUCAUUGAUACUGGAUAUCUUGAGAAUGCCACUGUUUUCCUUGAAGAAUUCGUCUCUAAUAUGACUGGGUCAAAUAGAUCAGAUGGCCAUUUGACUUUACGAUCCCAAGGUCAAUCAGCUAUGUUCAGAGUUGCCCGAGAUGAUGCUGAACAUCAAAUAUGUGACAAACUCAGAGGAAAAGUCAGUGAAUUCCUGGAGCUUGAGAAUUAUGAUUGGCUCUUGGUUGAGCCCAAAGGUCAUGCUUCAUCAUUUGUAACUGAUCUCAUCGCAUUUCUUCAAAGCACCUUCCUGUCAUUUACUAAUUUACCUGAUGAAGUUGCGCAACAGGCAUGUUGUGCAGCUUGUGAACAUAUAGCAAAUUCAAUCAUGGGCCUGAUGCUUAGCGAUGAUGUGAAACAAAUAUCUAUGGGUGCUCUUCAGCAAAUUAAUUUGGACACAAUUCAAUGUGAACAAUUUGCUGCUUCUGAGCCUGUUCCUGGUUCAGAGGAGGGUGUACUUCUCCGCUAUUUUGCGGAUCUUAGGCAGCUGUUGGACUUGUUUAUGACUUGGGAUUGGCCUACAUACUUCCAUGAUUAUGGUCAAGAAAACAGCAAAUACCAACUAGUAAAUCCAACCACUGCUAUUAAUUUACUUGAAAAGUUACGCGAAGCAGACAAGCGCACUAUGUUCUCUGUUUUAAAGAAAAGUGAAAGGGAUAAGAAGAAGCUCUUAGAAACAGUUUUAAAGCAACUUCGUCAGCUGGCACAAACACAACAGCAGCAGCAAUCUCAGCCACAACUAGCCCCAUCUACACAGCUACCUCAACAGCAGCAACAACUUCAAGCUCCAGUUCAGUGACGGCGGCUUAGCGCUGUGUAGACAUUGCCUGCCCAGUGCUAUAAAUCAAGCUGCCUCAGCCAGAGUGAACCCAGUAAAUAUUAGAUGAUUAUAAUUAAAAAGAAUAAGAAAUCGAGGGGUCUGCUGUCCCUAUCUUGGAUGAUUUGUGUACAAGGCUCAUACUGCCUUCAUACAAAAAACAUUUUUAUCUUGUCAGCAAAAAGUAUGUUUUCCUCCAAGUAGCCAUAUCCACUUGUGUGUCAAUUUGGCAUUUUGUUGAAUAAUGUGUGAACCCCCUGAGUGACCAUUCCUGGUAGACUUAGAUAUUAGUUGCCUUUCGUGAAAUUUUAAAUGUGUCAAGUGUGAUAUUUUUUAUCUCUCUUGGAUAUUUCCUAAUAGCAGGGUAAUCAUUGAUGAAAAGCAUGAGUUAUUUAGCAUAGUUCACAUAUCUGAACUAUUUCCAGUCCUUUAAAGAUGUCUUGAUGGGUAAUGAAGUUCUCUCUUUUUGGAAAUUUAUGUAAGACUACUUUUACAUUAGUGCCUUACAAUUGAGUUUUAAGUGCUUCAUAUUAAUUUUAAAAUAGUUUUCAUAUUUAUUAUUAUCCCAUAAUCAAACAAUAUUGUUGAUUUUUGUAUAGUCUAUUUUCUGACAUUAAACAUCUUUCAAAUGUC